AUGAGCGUCGCGGUCAUAAACCCUCCCGAUGAUCCGGCGAAUGUCGUGCAGUCGCUCGUGAACACACUCUUGGAUGUCUUUGAUGCCACAAGGGAUCUUUACGGGACGCUCACGGCCAAGGAGCAAAGAGACUAUGAAGAAAACCUGCGCAGCAAAGGAUACCCUGCUUCAAGGCGGAUCGAGUAUGUGAAGGAUGACCGACUGGGUAGCGAUGAGGCUAUCGUGACGGACAAAGCUGUGGUCAUGAGGCAGAUGGAUAUCGGAUGUGAAACUCUGGGGGCCGAGUUCGCCAUGGGCGAUGGUAUGCGUGCUCUUCCUCUUCUGAACCCCAUGAGACCCAUCAGCUAA